AUCACCUUGUAGGGGGACAUGCCCGACCUAACCCUGGUCUUUGGGCUCCCCGUGACAGGUUUCUCAUCCUCGGCUGUUUUCGAUGGAACCGGGGCUUGAGAAGGGCCCCGCGAGGUCGAAAGCGGCGAGACGUCUCUCAUGCAUCCUCUCUGUCAGGACUUCAUUUUUCUCAUGGUGAGACGUCGGAGGGCGGGGAUGUCAAUGACAUGGGCCCACAGACCUCUCGACCCCUUCCCACGGGCCGAUUUUUCUGUCCGAGCCGUCUUUGACGGCCCCGGGUCCUGGACCCCGAGGCCCAGAGCGGUGCAUUCCAGCCAGAGCCCAUGCCGGAGGGGGAAGAAGCGACGCGCGGUUCUUUUGGUCCAAGAUCGGUGCUUGGUGCCAGUGAUUGGGCGGGGUGGGGACCGGGAUGCAUCGCUCCAGAGCGUUCCAGAACGCUCUCGGAGCGUUCCGGGGAGCGCUCCGGCACGGCCGGUGCGCCCGGCACGUCCUCCAGAGCCGCUGGUCCCGGUGCGAGGUUGUCUCGGUCCUGGCUCUGGCUUGAGCGAUGCUUCUGGCCCCGCGGAGGCUCGUCCACGGGCUGGAGGUACGCCCACGUCGGCCAGGGCCGCGGGAAGUACGAGAAGGUGCACACCUACAAGUACGUGGGCCAGGGCGCGGGCAGCUUUCGCAAGGAGGAGGUGGUCUCCUACCAGCCCACGACCCGGCUCCGCCCCGAGUGCGUCUGCCUGCUGCUGGUCGCGCUGAUCCUGCUCCUCAUCGUGCUGUGGCCUCUCGUCGCCAGCCUCUGGCCGGGCGGCGCCGUGGAAGGGGCCGCGGGGGAGGUGCUGUCUCCGCUGCUUGGCUCAAUCAGGAACGGCUCCAACGCGACGAUGAUGGUUGAGGGGUCCCUCGUGGUGGAUAACUUGAGCUACGACGACGUCGCAGGUGACGUGGCGCUCAACGACUCGCUCGCGGAGGCAGUGGAGGUGGCCAUCGCGUCGGAGGCGACCCGCGCGGCACAGACGGAGGCUGGGCAGCCGAUCGAGCCCAGCCAGGUCACCGCCGUGCCAGUGCGGGGCACCAACAACAGCGUCGGCGUUGACUUUGUCAUCAAGGCCCUGCCGCUGGGGCGCGUGGACGCGGUGACGGCGUGGCUCGACCGCAGCCGCCUGGUGGAGGGCAAGAUUGCCUCACACCUGGUGGCGGACGCUGCCGUGCAGGCCGCCGCCGCGGGCCGCCUCGGCGUGCAGGGCCUCACCCUGUACAGCCACGCGCGGGGGUCCAGCUCCAGCAGCACGACGGCGCCGCCUCACGAGACCAAGGCCCCCUCGUUCGACUGCGACGUGGAUUUCUCGGAUUGCUACGAGUGCCUCCAGAAAAGCUGGUCGCCCCCCAAGCUCGCCUGGUGUUGCGAGCAUCGAGGCCGUGGGUGCGAGACGACCACGACGUCCGUGGUCUACGACUGCCUGGACGGCUACGAGAACUGGAGGCGCGGCUGGUCGCCCAUAAAGAAGCAGUUCUGCUGCGGGAGCGAGGGCAAGGGAUGCGAGACAGGCGACAGUGCCUCCGGGCGUGGUGGCAAUACCACCAGUACAUCCAACAGCAGCGCUGACAACACUUCCGAAGGCGGCCGCAGCAAUGAGACCAAUGCCUCCGACCUCCACCACGCUGCCGACAAGACCGAUGCCACCAAGUCUUCCCGCGUGAACCAUCACGCUGCCAACAAGACAGGCGCCACCAAUGCUUCAGCCGCGCCGAGCAAGUCGAGCAGCCCCGCAGCCUCUGGCGACGGUACGAGCAGCCCCCAUGAAAUGACCCACAGCAGCGCUAGCGGCUCCUCCAGCAAGACAAGCUGACACUACUGGAUGAGCGAGCGCAGCGGCUCAGACGGCGAAGGUGGCGGUGGCUCCUGCUGUUUAGACGGCUACGAAGAGAGUGAGGCUGCUCAGAGACCUUCGUGCCCGACCAGGCUUGAAAUCCCUUUAAUCCGGCCGCAGGCUUCGCUUGGAUGCCAGCCCAAAGAUCUGGCGCUUCCAUUAGCUUUUUAUUUUUUUUCAGGAUGUGUGUACGUGGUACUCGAGGUCGCUCCGCGCGGCCGCGUCGAGGUGUCAGUGGGCGCGCUCAAGGCGCUCCUCUGAGGCUUCGCGUGUAUAUGUCGGACAGGGGCUCCUGAUGGAGGUGUGUAGGGGAGCCCACUGGAUGAAACGGACCCUGGCAUCGUUUCUACAGGUGCAGGUUGUAAGUGAUUGCCAGGAAGUUGGAUAUACAUGACACGGCCAGCCUGGACGACAGCUGGGUAUGCGGGCCCCAAGGGUACACAACACCACCACCACCACGUUGAUUCCUCAUCCCUCCUCUGCCCUCCUCUUCCUCUCUUCCUCUCCUG